CUAAACAAUCCUUCAGACGUCAAAACCCUCUCUCUCUCUCUCCCUCCCUGUCUUUGAUUUUCCGUACGCUUCUCUCUUUCUCUUCUUCUCUCUCUCUCUCUCUAUUUUCAGUAUCUCACACCCCUCUCUCUCUCGCACUCGCGGAGAGCUCCCUUCAGUCUCAUAUAAAUAAUUAAAUAUAUAUAUGUAUAUUAUAUUUUGUAUAUAAACCUUUCUCUCUCAUCCAAUUUUUGGUUUUUUUUUUUUUAUAUUUUAUUUUUCAAUAGUUAUCUAUCUAUCUGGUUUUCUUUUGUUUUUAUUUUUUAAUUGGCGGGAAAUAACGGAGAAUUCCGGGAUUCUGAGAAGUGGGUUUUGCUCAGAUUGCAUAAUUGGUGUUGAAUUUUGAAGUUUGUGGAGUUAAAGAGUGGAUUGUUAAUGGCAAACCCUUCUGGGAACCAUCAAGAACCGAACCAUGCCUCGUCUUCGUUCAACGGAGGGAACCCCGUGAAUGGAAAUUCGGCACCAGUGUCUGCUCCUGAUAGUUCCGGCGCUGGUAUGGCCAUGAAGCACAACCCGGGUAUAGCCAUGGAUUGGACCCAAGAGGAACAGACUGUUAUUGAAGAAGGCCUUGCCAAAUAUGCCUCAGAAUCAACUAUAAUUCGGUAUGCUAAGAUUGCCAUGCUGCUACAAAACAAGACUGUUCGUGAUGUGGCAUUACGGGUUAGAUGGAUGAAUAAAAAGGAACACAGCAAACGAAGGAAGGAAGAACAUAACUUAUCAAGGAAAAACAAAGAUAAAAAGGAAAGAGUUGCCGAUCCAUCAGCAAAGUCAUCACAUUACACAGCUCGAUCCAAUGUUCCUCCUUACGCUCCGCCGAUGAUUCCUGUGGAUAAUGAUGACGGCAUUCCUUUCAAAGCCAUUGGUGGUGCCACUGGAGAGAUUCUAGAGCAAACCUCCCAGGUGUUGAAUCAAAUAUCUGCAAAUAUUGCUAAUUUUCAGAUACAAGAUAACAUCAAUCUUUUCUGUCAAAGUCGGGACAACAUCUUCAAGAUUCUAAACGAAUUUAAAGACUUCCCCGAGGUAAUGAAGCAGAUGCCACCACUUCCUGUGAAACUGAACGAAGAGCUAGCUAACACCAUCCUCCCCCGAACAAACAAUUCAAUGCAAUCAUGAUCCAGCUGCUCGAUCUUUGUCGGGGCACUUCUAAUUAGUUUCGUAAAACAGACAUCUGGUGGGUACCCCCAAUUUAAAUCACAACGUCGAUCAGAUAAUUACGAAGUAACUCUCAACAGAGUUGACCCAAAAUUGCUUUUACCAUACAGAUGUCUCUUCCUUUUUCAAUGUGUUUCUGCGUUUAAUGUUUGGUUUCUUUUCUUUCUUUAGUUUCAUAGUGGGCAUAUGACUCAGUUGUACUGUGUAGAAAGUAGGGAAGGAUAUAUUUUUUUUUUUUCUUCUUCUUUUUAGCUAUUCAUGGUAAUAAAUAGGGAAUGGAGAAGUGAAAUAGUUUAAUAAGGCAUUUCAUUUCAAUUGGUUCUGUUCUAUAGAUUGUGCUUUCUAUUCUCUCAUGUGGAUACUAAGCAGUAAUGCAAUAAGGUUUCCCAA